UUUGCCAUGGAUUGGCGGCGGGGCGGGGCCGCGGCGCUGCCCGCGGGAGCGGAGGAGCUGGAAGCGGAGGAAGAGGAGGAGGAGGUGGAAGAAGAAGAAGAGGAGGAGGAGGAGGAAGAAGAGGAAGAAGAAGAGGAGCAGGAGGAGGAGAAGAAGGGGGAGGAUGAGCCACGGGCGUCCCCCCGCCUCCCGCUGCUGCUGACGACGGCGCUCGGUUCAGCCUGCUGCGGGCUCCGCGCCGCGCCACCGGCCAUGGUGCCCAGCGAGGAGAACCAGCUCGUCCCCAAAGAGGAUAUGUUUUGGAGUUGCAGACAGAGUAUCUUUGCUGAAAUGAAGAAGAAGUUUUCACAGGCAGAAUGUGCUGCUGAGGAGCCCAGGGUGCUGUGCAUAAUACAGGACACCACGAAUGCCAAGACGGUGAACGAGCGCGUUACCCUGAACCUGCCAGCCUCCACCCCGCUCAAACGGCUCUUUGAAGACGUGGCUGCCAAAGUGGGCUACGUGAACGGCUCCUUUGAUCUGAUGUGGGGCAAUGGAGACAGUGUCACUGACACGCAGACUCCAAUAGAUCAGAACAGUGACAAAACCAUUGUGGAUGCUGGUUUUGAGCCAGGGAAGAAGAACUUUCUGCAUUUGACAGACAAGGAUGGUGAGCAGCCUCACAUAAUGCAGGAGGAGUCAGGUACAGCAGAGGACGGUGCACAGGAGAGAUUUAUAGGCCCCCUUCCAAGAGAGGGCUCCAUUGGAUGUACCCAUGACUAUGUCAGUCAAAGCUAUUCUUACUCUUCAGUCCUGAGCAAAUCAGAGACAGGUUAUGUGGGGCUGGUAAAUCAAGCAAUGACUUGCUACUUGAACAGCCUUCUGCAAACACUUUUCAUGACUCCUGAAUUUAGAAAUGCAUUGUAUAAGUGGGAAUUUGAGGAAUCUGAAGAGGAUCCUGAGAGGAGUAUCCCCUACCAGCUUCAAAGACUGUUUGUUUUACUGCAGACCAGCAAAAAAAGGGCAAUUGAAACAACUGACGUUACACGGAGUUUUGGAUGGGACAGUAGUGAAGCAUGGCAGCAGCAUGAUGUGCAGGAGCUUUGUAGAGUCAUGUUUGAUGCUUUGGAGCAGAAAUGGAAACAAACGGAGCAGGCUGAUCUUAUAAAUCAACUGUACCAAGGCAAACUGAAGGACUAUGUGAGGUGCCUAGAGUGUGGCUAUGAAGGCUGGAGAAUCGACACGUACCUGGAUAUCCCUCUGGUCAUCCGGCCCUAUGGCUCCAGCCAGGCGUUUGCUAGCGUGGAAGAAGCACUGCAUGCUUUCAUUCAGCCUGAGAUCCUUGAUGGCCCAAAUCAGUACUUCUGUGAGCGAUGUAAGAAGAAGUGUGAUGCAAGAAAGGGUCUGCGGUUCUUGCACUUUCCGUACCUGCUGACAUUACAGCUGAAGAGAUUUGACUUUGAUUAUACCACGAUGCACAGAAUUAAACUCAAUGAUCGCAUGACUUUUCCAGAGGAGCUGGACAUGAGUGUCUUUAUUGAUGUUGAAGAUGAGAAGUCUCCUCAGACUGAGAGUUGCACUGAUAGUGGAGCUGAAAAUGAAGGCAGUUGUCACAGUGAUCAGAUGAGCAAUGAUUUUUCUAACGAUGAUGGAGUUGAUGAAGGAAUCUGCCUUGAAAGCAAUAGUGCAGCAGAGAGGAUCUCUAAAGCUGGCAGUGAAAAGAGUUCUUUGUUGUAUGAGCUCUUUUCUGUCAUGGUUCAUUCUGGAAGUGCUGCUGGUGGCCAUUAUUAUGCCUGUAUAAAAUCUUUUAGUGAUGAUCAGUGGUACAGCUUUAAUGAUCAGCAUGUUAGCAAGAUAACUCAGGAAGAUAUUAAGAAAACAUAUGGAGGAUCUUCUGGAAGCAGAGGAUAUUAUUCCAGUGCUUUUGCUAGCUCCACAAAUGCUUACAUGCUGAUAUACAGACUGAAAGAUCCAACAAGAAAUGCGAAGUUUCUUGAGGCACAUGAAUAUCCAGAUCACAUUAAACAAUUGGUACAGAAAGAGAGAGAAUUAGAAGAACAAGAAAAGAGGCAACGUGAAAUUGAACGCAACACAUGCAAGAUUAAAUUAUUCUGCAUGCAUCCUACAAAGCAAAUAAUGAUGGAGAACAAAUUGGAAGUUCAUAAGGACAGAACACUGAAGGAAGCUGUGGAAAUAGCUUACAAGUUAAUGGAUUUAGAAGAGGCUGUUCCCUUGAACUGCUGUCGCCUUGUCAAAUACGAUGAGUUCCAUGACUACUUGGAGCGCUCCUACGAAGGAGAAGAGGAUACCCCAAUGGGUUUGUUACUUGGAGGGGUCAAGUCAACCUACAUGUUUGACUUACUGUUGGAAACAAGAAGGCCUGACCAAGUUUUCCAGUGCUAUAAACCUGGUGAGGUAAUGGUAAAGGUUCAUGUAGUGGACCUGAAGACUGAAUCUGUUGCUCCUCCAAUAAGUGUGCGAGCUUAUUUAAAUCAAACAGUUUCAGAGUUUAAACAACUAAUUUCAAAGGCCACACACCUGCCUGCCGAAACCAUGCGGGUGGUGCUGGAGCGGUGCUACAAUGACCUGCGUCUGCUGAACGUGUCCAGCAAAACACUGAAAGCUGAAGGCUUUUUUAGAAGCAACAAGGUGUUCAUUGAAAGCUCAGAGUCUUUGGACCGUCAUGUGACAUACACAGACUCUCAGCUGUGGAAACUUCUGGAUCGCCAUGCAAACACCAUCAGACUGUACGUUUCAUUGCCAGAGCAAGCUCCUGGAUCUCAGCUCAGACGGGCACUUUAUCAGAAGUCUGGUGGGGGUGCAGGCAACUUAGAUGAAUCUUGUGAAAGAGCAAAAGGACCUGUAGGUAAUAUGAAAUCCGUAGAGGCAAUUUUGGAAGAAAGCACUGAAAAACUUAAAAGCUUGUCCCUGCAGCAACAGCAGCAGCAGGAGGGAGACAAUGGAGACAGCAGCAAAAGCACAGAAGCCAGUGAUUUUGAAAACAUUGAGUCACCUUUAAAUGAAAUAGACUCUUCAGCAUCAGCAGAAAACAGAGACCUUGACAACCAAAUUCAGAUUUCUGAUGCAGAGAAUCUGCAGUCUGAGGAGCGGUCGGACUCGGAUGUCAAUAACGACAGGAGUACGAGUUCAGUGGACAGUGACAUCCUCAGCUCCAGCCACAGCAGUGACACUUUGUGCAACGUGGACAAUGCCCCCCUCCCCCUGGCUAAUGGACUGGAUUCUCACAGCAUCACGAGUAGCAGGCGAUCAAAAGCCAAUCAGGGCAAGAAGGAGACCUGGGACACAGCAGAAGAGGAUUCUGGAACAGACAGUGAAUAUGAUGAAAGUGGCAAGAGCAGAGGAGAAGCGCAAUAUAUGUACUUUAAAUCAGAACCCUACAUUGCAGAGGAGGGUUCAGGAGAAGGACAAAAAUGGCUGAUGGUGCAUGUUGAUAAAAGAAUUACACUGUCUGCCUUCAAGCAACACUUGGAGCCUUUUGUUGGAGUUCCAUCUUCUCACUUCAAAGUCUUUAGAGUCUAUGCCAGCAAUCAAGAGUUUGAGAGUGUUCGGCUGAAUGAGACCCUUUCGUCAUUUUCUGAUGAUAAUAAGAUAACUAUUAGACUUGGAAGAGCCCUUAAGAAGGGUGAAUACAGAGUUAAAGUCUAUCAACUCUUAGUAAAUGAGCCUGAGCCGUGCAAGUUUCUUCUGGAUGCAGUUUUUGCUAAAGGAAUGACUGUCCGACAGUCCAAAGAGGAACUGCUUCCUCAGCUUCGAGAACAAUGUGGCCUAGACUUGACAAUUGACAGGUUUCGCCUACGAAAGAAAACCUGGAAAAAUCCAGGCACUGUGUUUCUGGAUUAUCAUAUCUAUGAAGAAGAUAUCAAUAUUUCCAGCAACUGGGAGGUCUUCUUAGAAAUACUUGAUGGAGUAGAAAAGAUGAAAUCCAUGUCACAACUUGCUGUUUUAUCAAGACGAUGGAGGCCAUCAGAGAUGAAAUUAGAUUCUUUCCAGGAAGUAGUACUAGAAAGCAGUAGUGUUGAAGAAUUAAAAGAGAAGCUAAGUGAAAUAAGUGGAAUACCCUUAGAAAACAUUGAAUUUGCAAAGGGUAGAGGAACCUUUCCCUGCGACAUUUCCAUACUAGAGAUUCAUCAAGACUUGGACUGGAAUCCGAAAGUAUCUACACUGAAUGUCUGGCCCCUGUACAUUUGUGAUGAUGGUGCAGUAAUAUUUUAUAGGGAUAAAACUGAAGAAUUAAUGGAAUUAACAGAUGAGCAAAGAAAUGAACUGAUGAAAAAAGAAAGCAGCAGACUCCAGAAAACUGGACACCGGGUAACCUACUCUCCCCGUAAAGAAAAAGCACUAAAAAUUUAUCUGGAUGGAGCACCAAAUAAAGAUUUGACUCAAGACUGAUACUUGCUAUAGCAUUUUCCCUGGGGAAUUUUUUUUGUUUCCAAUCAAAAGGUUCACUACUACUGUGUAGUGCCAUUACGGCAGGACAUUCAUUAGGUGUAAAGCGCUGACACCAGCACAGCCGGGCGGUGCCGGCCGCAGGCAGGGCCCCGCUGGGCACUGUGGGACUUGGAAUCAUGUUGUGCACUAUAGUCAAAUGUACUGUAAAGCUAAAAGGGAUGUGCAAAUAAAAGAUUGGAACUCAAAAGUGGGCGGGGAGGGAAACGAGUGGAAAUUGUUGAGGACAGUGUGCACAUAGUAGCUAGUGAAACUAGCCUCCAACAGGAUACUCAUAGCUUAAUAAUAAAAGCUGUGCAAAGGCCAUGGAAGAAUCCUUUUCUCUGUUUGUUUCACUGAUACACGCAUUACCUCAUCAGAGAGUGUGGAAUAAAUGAUAACACAUUGGUUCUAGGAAAGCAGCGGGGAAGGGCCGGGCGUGGGAGUGCUGCAAGUGUCAGGUUUUAGAAUAUUCUUCCAUAAAACAGGGGGUCUGAGAGGUGUCUGCAGGAAGCUGCUGGCAGGCCUUGUUUGUUUGCAGAAGUGCUGUUGUAAGGUAAAGUGGUUUUCAAUAGGUUACCGAUGAGCAGCUCUAGUGUAUUGCAUCCGAUGUGUAAAUAAAAUCUGCCCUAUCCAUUUACCAGAACUGCAGUUCAGCUAUUUACCAUGCUAUUCUUUACACAUAUCAACAUUCGUUGUGUACAUUUGGAAGUAUAGUUGCCUAUUUAAAUUUGUAUUCAUUUUAUGUUUGACGAUGCUGGGUACUUUAGGGUUGUACUUCCCCUUGUUAAUGAAGUUUUUGUUCUGUUCUGCUACUUUUUGUACAUUUUGUUUUUAAGACUAUUACAAGUUUGCAUCUUCUCCACCUGCUGUCAGUUUAUUUUCUCCCAGAGUUGAUUCCAUAGCUAUAUGUAGUCAAAUAUUGGGGCAACCUCUUAACACCUCAACGUACGAACUCGGUAGUUCAGGCUGUGGUGCAGAGACUGAUGCAGUCAACAUGAUUUCAUUGCAAAGCCUAGGAACAGCAAUUUUUUGCUUUGGUCCAUAAAGAUCAAUAGAGAACAAUUCUCCAUAGUUUUUGGAAAAACCACCUAAUUUAUAACAAUCAAAAGAUUUUGGUAAACUUUUUCAUGCCAGAUGCUGUUUACAACAAUGAACAUGCCAAUAAAACAUUUGUUCAUUCUGUUGUGUUCUUUUAA